AUGCCGAGCCCCCGCCGGAACCUGGAGGGCCGGCCGCUGUGCGCCUCGGCCGGGGGCGGCGGCAGCAGCCCGGGCAGCCCGGCCCACGGCGGCGGCGGCGGCAGGUUCGAGUUCCAGGCGCUGCUCGGAAGCCGCGCGCCCGGCGUCGACGGCCCCAGCGCCCGGCUCCGCGCCUCUGACAGCCCGGUGCCCCGGCGCGGCUCCUUCCCGCUGGCCGGCGCGGGCCCUUGCUCGCAGGCGCCCCCGGCCCCGCCGCCUGAAGAGGCCCGCCUGGACCUGAACCCGUCCUUCGCGGCCAUCGCCCUGCGCUCGCUGCUGGCCAUCGACCUGUGGCUGUCUAAGAAGCUGGGCGUGUGCGCGGGCGAGGGCUCGCCGUGGGGCAGCGCGAGGCCGCUUAUGAAGCUGCUGGAGGUCUCGGGCCACGGCAUCCCGUGGCUGCUGGGCGCCCUCUACGGCCUGGCCCGCAGCGACAGCUGGGCCGGCCGCGAGGUGCUCAUGAACUUGCUCUUCGCGCUGCUGCUCGACCUGCUGUUGGUGGCCCUGAUCAAGGGGCUGGUCCGCAGGCGCCGGCCCGCCCACAACCAGAUGGACAUGUUCUUCGCAGUGUCGGUGGACAGGUACUCCUUCCCCUCCGGCCACGCCACGCGCGCCGCCCUGGCCUCCAGGUUCAUUCUCAAGCACCUGGUGCUGGCCAUCCCCCUGAGGGUGCUGGUGGUGCUGUGGGCCCUCGUCCUGGGCCUCUCCAGGGUCAUGCUGGGGCGGCACAAUGUCACCGAUGUGGCUUUUGGCUUCCUUCUGGGCUAUAUGCAGUACAGCAUCGUGGACUACUGCUGGCUCACGCCACACAACGCCCCGAUCCUCUUUGUCCUGUGGAACCAACAGUGACACUGCCUCGCUCCUUCCUGCACAGGGCAAUGCUGUCGAAAUAAACCAGCAGCCUGCUGGCUGGCCCCUCUGAAGACAUCACUGGUAUCUUUAGCUACCAUCUUGCUGGGUGGCUUGGCUGGAGCAUGGACUGACCACAAGCAUAUGACGAAAAAAAAGUCUAUUACAUAUCAAUUCAACAGCUCCUUAUAGCCCAGAAAACUGCAAAGGAACUGCACCAUGGUGACAAUGAUGUGGCUGUCUCUUAAAAUGACAACAGUAAAUUUUGUAUUUUAGAGUAAUCUUACAAGUCAACCUAUGACUUGUAAACAGAACUUUGAAAAAGAAAUAGUUAUCCUAUGAAUUUAUGCACAGAUGAGCCACAUCCUAGUGCGCUUCCUGAAGUAGAUCUUAAACCGUAUCUAAAACAGAGCUUCUUCCCCCUAAUGUACUCCCUUUGGGGAGUUUUUUUUUUUUUUUUUCUUAAUUCUGAUUGUAUUGGCAAGCCUUUUUUCUCUCCGCCCCCCCCCCAUUGUCUCUUUCAGCUUGGCAGACUGGCUAGUGAGAAGAUAGAUUAUAGCACCUGUCUUUCUUUCCUUCCCCUGCACCUCCUCAAAACAUCUUUAGACAGUCCCCACUCCUCUCUAAUGCAGUCUUUCAGCAGUUAGAAAAGCACUUGAAGAAGAAAACACUUCAAAGUGGGCCUAGCUACAGUUCCAAUAAAAGGGGGAGGAUGGGACUAUGUAAAGCCUCAUGUCUAUCUAAUUUAUUGGUAACUCACAGCAUGGUAUGAUGGGAAGGAAAAACUAAAUUGCGGGAAGAAAAAUCAGAGAAAUGGGGAGUUUGAGGAGCUUGAACUGACUAUAUUAUAUAUGCCAGUAUCGAAAGAGUUUGGGCCCUGCUGGUAAUCAUCUGUACUGGAUAAAUAAUGCUCCUCUAUUGAGGUAAUAAAAAUGGAAAA